AUGAUAGUCCUGAUAUCAAGAGACUAUAGAGGGGAUGUGGAGUUGACAGUCAUUGAAAAAUUCAUGCCAUUGAUCAUGGACAGAGAAGAAGAGGGUGUGACUUCCCCGAUUGUCACCGCCAAGAAUGUUACCUUUGCAUACAUCAAACACACCAACCUUUACUUGGUCUCUGCAACGAAGAAAAAUGCAAACAUUGCUCUUGUGUUUGUCUUCCUGCACAAAGUUGUUGAUGUCCUCAGUGAAUAUUUCAAGGAAUUAGAGGAGGAAAGUAUUAGGGACAACUUUGUGCUCAUCUACGAGCUCCUGGAUGAACUCAUUGAUUUUGGAUACCCACAAACAACAGAAACCAAAAUUCUUCAGGAAUAUAUUACUCAGGAGGGACACAAGCUUGAGAUAGCCCCAAGGCCUCCAAUGGCAGUGACAAAUGCAGUUUCAUGGCGAUCAGAGGGGAUUCGCUAUCGUAAGAAUGAAGUCUUCUUGGAUGUCAUUGAGUCCGUCAAUCUACUGGCAAAUGCCAAUGGGAAUGUAUUGAGAAGUGAGAUUGUGGGAUGCAUCAAGAUGCGAGUGUAUCUAUCUGGAAUGCCAGAACUUCGUCUGGGACUGAAUGACAAGGUCCUAUUUGAGAGUACAGGUAGAGGGAAGAGUAAGUCUGUGGAAUUGGAGGAUGUGAAAUUCCAUCAAUGUGUGCGUCUCAGUCGGUUUGAAAAUGACAGGACCAUCUCCUUCAUUCCACCUGAUGGUGAAUUUGAGCUGAUGUCAUAUCGUCUGAACACUCAUGUCAAGCCACUCAUUUGGAUAGAGUCGGUGAUUGAGCGCCAUGCUCAUUCCCGAGUUGAGUACAUGGUGAAAGCCAAGUCUCAGUUCAAAAGGCGUUCUACAGCCAACAAUGUGGAAAUCAACAUCCCUGUCCCCUUGGAUGCAGAUUCCCCAAAGUUCAAAACGUCCAUAGGGUCUGUGAAAUAUGUCCCUGAACAAGACUGUUUUGUGUGGAGCAUUCGAUCUUUCCCUGGGGGGAAGGAAUAUCUGAUGCGGGCUCAUUUUGGCUUGCCGAGCGUGGAGUCUGAGAAUUUAGAGAGCAAACCUCCCAUCACUGUCCAAUUUGAGAUUCCUUAUUUCACUACCUCUGGCAUCCAGGUACGAUACUUGAAGAUCAUUGAGAAAAGUGGAUAUCAAGCUCUCCCUUGGGUGAGAUACAUCACACAGAAUGGAGACUAUCAGCUGAGAACAAUAUGAUGGUGAACAUGAUGAGGUGCAUCUGGCCUGCACAUAGGCCAGGGAGUGAUUGUUGCCUUGUGGCUCUUGAGUGCUUUCUCAUGAAGACAUCAUUGUGAUUCUUAUCCAUUGUUUAUGAAUUGCUAUAAACUGAAGCGACAGUGAAUAAAAAUAAGGCAUGGCAUGGGAAAA